UGCUCGCGAGAAGACAGAUGCUGAGGCUGUUAACGUCGGGGAGAGAGAUUCACAUUCACACGGACUGGGAUGUGAAAGAGCCCGACGAGAUGGAGACCUUCAUCCAUCUUUACAGGAAUCUGAUCGAUCUUGGGAGUCAAGCCAAGAUGUGACCGUCACGGCGCGUCAUAGUUUGGAUCUGUCCUGCCUUUACAACACUUGUUUCUAUAGCAACAGAAAUAUCAGAGCAUCCUUAAAAGCCUCAUUCCCACAAUGCAGUCCUCUAGCUGCUCCUCUCAGCCCCCAAAGCCGCGGCGCUUUGACGCCAGCAGGCGGGCCAAUACAGUAGCUGGACCAAAGUCUCAUGGCCCCGGUUUCCAGAGGGAGGAUAAAAACAUGAACACAAUCACCACGUCCUCCCCACGCCGGGCUACUAAAGGCCCCGCUGCACCCACCAGGACCAGGGUGGGCGUGCAACCCCGAGCGCCAGUAAGUCAGUCCAGGUUUGGCUCACAAAAACAGGGUCCCACCAUCUCCAAAUCUGCUAAGCCCAAACCCAAGAGUGCUCGUGCAUCAGCUGCAACCAAAAUCGCACCAGCAGCCGCUCCACCUCCGCUUCCCUCUGUUCUCCCUCUUGACCCAAACUGCAACGAGCCGAGCCUCCCGUGUCUGUGCUGCGAUGGCCGCUCCCCGCAGGACAACAACAGUAUGUUUAAUCAUAACCACAACAACAACAACACCAUCUCUAUCAGACAGCAACUGCAGCUACCGCCUCCUCCGGCCCCGUUGCCCCAGAGGCAGGAUGGGAAAGGGGCCAAGGAGCAGCCUCAGCCUCCCUCCCAAGCAAAGGCCCAGCUGGAAGCCUCCGCCCGUCCUGCUGCCAGUCUGGAAAAUGAAGGCAAGAAUGCAGACAAAAGUGCUGAUCUAGACAACAAGAAAAAUGUAAAAGUAGAGGACGAAGACGACGAGGAAGAGAGCAGUGGAGAUAUUGACAUUGAUGAUGAUGAAGAGGAGGCUGAAAAUGAUGAUGACGACGACGAUGAUGAUGACACCCUGGUCCCCUCAUGCUGUGACUGUCCCCCCUCCCUCCUGGAGUUCUCGCUCUCCUCUUCUACCUCCUCAUCCUCCACUUCCAUCAGCUCCUGCUCUGAUCUGGAGUCUGACUGUGCAGAUCAAUCCGCCUCCAUCUGCUCUUCCCACGACCAAGACAAUCUAUCUGUCGCUCUGUCCCCCAAAGAAUGCUCUCUCCCACAAGCCCCUGAAUGCCAGCCUCCUGCGCGUUCGCCCCCAUCCAUCCCUCUUAGCCGCAUUCCCUUCGUCUUAACAUCGCAUUCCCCGAUUUCCCCUUGCUCCCCAGAUGAGGGCUACCCCUCCGCCCUGGACUCCCCUUCUCCUGACUAUUUGGGAGUCAAAGGUGAUUCUGAGGUCACAAAACUUGGUUUGCUUGACUUCCUAGAAUCGGUUGGGGAGUUUGGGAAAAUGGAGCGCUUCAGCCAGGUGAUCCAAGUGGCUCGUUGGGAUCUGGAGGGGGAACAGCACUGGGAUGUUCUGAGGGAUUGGCUCGAUCACCUGGAUCGCUUGGAGAAGGUGAACAGGGAGGUCAAACUGGCCUACAUAGCCAGACUCCAUGAGAAGGGAUUUGAUCUUGGAGAUCUGGAAGAGCAGGAUCUCUCUGAUGUCAUGGACGAAAUGGGCAACAUCGACAUUCCAUGGAAGUUGUAUAAAAGUGGCAGAGGAGCGAUGGGAGACUCUCAGGAGUUCUCAGAUCCAGGGGUCGACCUCACGGCUCCGUCAGACUGCGAGGAUCCUCUGGCUCCAGAUUCCCUCACCCCUUCUCCUGUUGAGCCGCCACCUAGACCCCCCAAACCUCCAGCGCGUCAUGCCAGCGUCAGCUCUGACCUCCACACCUACAUCAAUAUCAGCAGGGAGACCACCUCCAUGGCCGUCUCCACCUCUCCUACACUGUCUACCUUCUCCCCAAACUCCACAUCCCCAACAUUCACCACUUUUAGAUGUGAGAAACCCCUACCUCCAUCUCCACCCUCUAUUCCUCCUCUCCCCACCUCUAAACCAGUCCCUUACCUCACCCUUUACACCACCCCUUCUCCACCCCCAGCUAUCCCCACCCCAACUCCUCCCAUCCCUCCUCCUCGGAAGCGCCAUCUUGCCAGGAAGGAGGCCCAGCGGCUCGCUGCUCUUCAAGCCGCCGAACAGGAAAAGACCCCCCUUUCCCUUCCUCCUCCCACCACACGUCCUCCACCUCUGCCUCCUCCGCCAGUUAUUUCAAUCUCCUCCUCAACUCCACCUGCCAUACCACCUCCACCUGCCCUGCCUCCUCCCCCGUCCUUCCAUGCUUUAGAUGUAGAGAUUCGGAAGCUGUUGAUGCUCGCUGGAUUGACCCAAGCUGAGCUCCUCAAACUCAGCCCAGAGCUCGGUGUUUGUGUUGGAGGGUUGGAGGACGAGGGAGAUGGAGAUCAUGUCACCUCGUCCAGGUCUGUGGAGCCACACGAGUUCAGACUAAAAGAGAGGGAGGAGAAGGAGUUUGACGGAUGGAGCAGUAGAGGCAAGUUGGAUGGAGAUUGUAGAGCAGAUAUUGCUGAAGAGGGCAAAAAGAAAGAAGAGAGCACACAGAGAACCACCUCGUUCACUGAGAUGGCGAGGAGAAGGAAGAGGAACAGCGGUCUGACCUCCGACCCUUACUACAGCACUGGUUUUAGCAAUACACAUGAAACUAAAGCAAAGAAUAUGAGCUUUGAGUCUUUCCAGUAUCCCUCCGAGGUACCGGAUUCCCCUCCCCCUCCUCCUCCCCCGCCUCGCCCCUUACCACCAAUCCCCCCAUCUGUGCCCCCCCACAAAGUCAGCACUCUCCAGGCUAACUCUGCACAGCCUGAGCGAUUUGACUGGCUCAUAGCAUUCACACCUGACUGUGAUAACCCACCGCAACCCCCACCGCAGCCUCCACCGCUGGCAAUGAGAAAAUCUCACGUGGAAACUCAAAAGAAGUCCAGCUCGUCAGGGUCAACUCCGGGGUCAGCUCCAAAGGUCACGACUUUUAAAGAGCUGCGCUACCGCAACAAGAACGCCUCGCCCCAGACAAAGGUGAUCACCGACCCAGACCCUGACCCCACAGUUAUCACCCCAGAUCCAGAUAUACUGUACAACCUGAGGUGGAGAAGAGAGAAGCAAGGCGGCGACGGCAACCAAUGGGAGUACACCUCUCAGGCUCAGGCCUUCUUCAUGCAGCCACCCCCAGCCCUCACCUCAAUGGCUGCUCUGAAGGAAAUGCUCCAGAGAGCUGACGAGGAGGGGAGACAACCGGAGCUGUGCCCAUCCCAGAAGAUUGGCUGCUCGGUCAGUGACAGCAGCCUGUGGACCAUGGGCAGAGAGUGGGAGGGUGAAGAAGUCAAGAGGGAGGAAAAGGAAGGGAAAGAGGAAGAGGAGGAAGAGGUGGAGGUGGAGGUGAGAGGACGAGCCGAUGGAGAAAGGACUUUUGAAACAAGAACUUCAGUUUCCUCCCCCCCACUGUCCCUCGCCCAGCCCUCCCAACCCUACUUCCUCCACGCUGCCCUCCCUCCUCCCUACCGCCCAGGCUACUGUAACUCCCAGCCCGUUGCAGAUCCCAGACCCCACAGCCAUGUAGGCAGGGAGUCCACAGACGGACGAUGUAGCACACCUGCUGCCAGCUCAGCUUCUAUCCACAGAGAUGAUUCCAGCACUGAGAUAAGCUCCGGCUUUAACUAUGAAUCUCUGGCUGAUUUUGGUGUAGACUCUCCUUGUGAUUUUGGGAAUAACACACACUUUGCAUCUGACUCUAUCUGUAAUUUUGAUUCCCUCUACUGCAGCGACUCAGAGACACACACCAAGUCACCUGUUAGUGGCCCCACAGAGGCUCCAGGCUGCACCACCCCGUAUAAGAACAUAGAUGUCAUGAUGACAUGUUCAAACAGUGCGAAGGAUUCAUUGUACUCAGAGAAGCACUCGCACGCAGACCACAACAGCAACAAGGCCAGGACAUAUAAAGAGCUUCCCCCUCUCCCCACAUAUUACCUGUACCACCCUAAAAACUGCCCGCUACACAGGGGUGCCCCUCCUCGCCUCUCCCCUAUCGGAGCCCUCUCCCCUCCCCAGCGCUCUGGAGCGCCCCCUCCAGGCGCCUCAGGCUCCUCCCUCAGCUCCCCGCUUUUCCCCCGCUCUCACACCUUGCCUGCCCUUGCUGCUCCCCUCUACUAUCCAAACCUCUACCCUCCUAUACCGCCCAGGGCGCCCCCCCUACCCCCAAAACUCUACCAGGCUCCUCCGCAGUCACGCGUGGCGACUGUUCGCAGUGUCUCAUUCGCUGGCUCUGUACAGAGGACAGAGACGUCCUGGAUGGGCGAAGAUGUGAAGCAUCCAAUGAGAGGUCUGGGCCUGUCCUCUCUGUGCCUGCAGGAAAAAAAAGCUCUUGUCAGUGCGGUCAGUGUGGCAGUGGAAGCCAUCUUGGCCCAGUUCAGCUCUUCCAGGACUGUAGUUCAGAAGUCUCUCUCAGUUAACAAGGCCUUAUCAGGAGACAGCACCAUAAAUCCAUCUCUGGGCCGUCUGGUGCUGCAGUGCCUCUGCCCUGCCCUGCACAGCUUGCUGACCGACGGCUUGAAACCCCACCAGAGUGACCUGAUUGCAGGCAGGAGGCCAAAUUCCGCCUGGGGUCUGGUCCAAGCCUCAACUAGGCCAGGUCCUAAAACUCAAGCAUUGUUCAACCUACAAGAUCGUGUUGGAGAGCUGCCGCAGCUCAGACAGAGCAAACACAGGUUCAACGCUUUCCUCCUUGGCUUACUGAACACCAAGUUCCUUGAUUUCUGGCUGUCUCACCUUCAGUCUUGCAGUGAUGUGCUGGAGACAUAUUACCGUCCCACCUCCUUUAUGCGUCUGUCCCUGACCACCUGCCAGCCUCUGUUCGAGGAGCUGCUCCUCGUGCUGCAGCCUCUCAGCCUGCUGACCUUCAACCUCGACCUGCUCUUCCAGCACCACCACUUAGAGCCCGACAGUCACAGUCCAGAGAUCCCCAGUCCACCCUGUCAGGAUGCUGCAUUCCCACAUUCAACAGAGGGGGCCCAAGCCAAACUUACAGGCUGCAGAUACAUCGAAAGCCUGUCAGAGGUGGACUUUGGAAGCCGAGAACAUCGGGCAGCCAAAGAGAAAACAUCACCACUGGGUAAUCCAAAGAACGUAGGAUCAGGGGAGUCGACACACAGCAGCGCUGCACCCGUAAAGGCUUCGGUCACACUCGGGCAGACAAGUCCUCAGCUGCUGUGGGUGCAGGAGAAGGAAAUCGGAGACUUGCCUCCUCCUGAUGUUGAGGAGGACAGCCUCGCUCAGCAGGCGGGACAGGUGAUCCAGCAGGGAUGGGGGGCUAUGAUGCGCUGGGGAGGCAGACUCAGUCAGAACCUGGCUGAGCUGAGCCUGAAGAAGGAGGAGAUAAGGACAGAUCUGCCGGGCCUCCAGGCCCAAGCAGGGAGUGAUUUCGCUCCAGUCAGCGGUGGUGCUCAGGUUCCCUGGGGUCUGGGGCGGCUCUUCGGAGCCUCGAAAAGCCCCAACAGCCCACCAGGUCACACACCACCAACAAGGCGUCCCUCUCAGUGGCUGGCUCCUGGUGUCACCGCACUGACCCGAAUGGUGAGCAGCAACUCCACCCCGGUAAUAAGGAGGGCCCCGGAGCCCAAGGGAGAGAGUGAGCCAAAGUCAGAGAAAGACACCGAUACACUGGAGAUGAAGGACAAACCCAGACCACUCAGGUCAGUACGAACGCUGUGUGACCACUCUGGAACGGGCUUGGAGCUCAGCUUCUGCAAAGGGGAGGAACUGGUGGUGUUGGGGGGAGUCGAUCAGGACUGGAUUCGCUGUCGUCAGGGAGACAAAGAGGGGCUGGUACCUAUUGGCUACACCUCCCUCAUCAUGUGACUUCGGCACCAUAACUGCUGCACUCAAUCAAUAAUAAUAAUUUAAAAAAAUCAAAACAAAUAUAUAUAUUUUAGGCGAGUGUUGAGAGGUUAUGGUGAGGCUCCACUACUCUAAGAAGGGAUAUUUCACGCUCGCUCUGUUCAAGUUUGAGUUGACUGCAUAACACCAUCUGUUCUGCUUUACGUGCAUCAGGAGCAGUCUGCAGCCCUCUCCCUUCAUGAACAUAUGGGAGUUUUUCUCCCCAUCACAAUCCAUCCAGUUUGGUAGCAUUAAACUAAUGGAUGUUAGCAGCAGGAAUGCAGCAGAUGGUGUGAAAUAAUGAAGUCAAAUUUGGACCGUUUCAUACUGGAAGACCUUUGAUCUCAGAGUGAAGUAUCCCUUUUAAACAUCCUUUUUCCCAAUUUCUGCCUCCCUUGUCAGCUGCUGAUCUGAAAAUGAUCACAGGGGAAUUUCCGUGCGGUCGACCACUUGCGGAUUCUGGUGCUUUUCAGAUCAGCGGCUGCCUGUCGUGAGGAGGCGACAGCCUGGUAGCAGCCAAGCUGACAUCUCUAGCUGUCAGCCGUGGAGAGUCGCGGCUCGCAGGUUGUCGAGGGGAGAAAGCGUGUGAGAGUAGUGGGGCUGUAGCUCCUGUUGCAUACCGCGUAGUAAUGUAGUGAACUGUAGCUGUGUAGAUCUGUGUUCUAUUGACCUUUCACCCCUAUUGACCUCUCACGUUAUCGCCUGGUUCAUGUGUGUUUGACAUGUUUCUGCUACUAUAUUUGACUGUAUAAAUAUACAUAAAAAAAUCUAUAUAUAGGUAUAUAAAUUGAGAUUGAUAUUACCAAGAUAGAUAGAAAGAUAGAUGAACAAGAGAAAGCAGAUAGUAAAACACAAGCAGCAGCUUCAUACUGUGGUCACAUUGAGGAUGAUUAAAACUCUUUACAUCUGCAACUUUACUCACACAUUAAGUGGUUGUCAUACAUCCAAAAAAAAAGUGUUUGUUUUAAGUAUGGAAACCGAUAUCUUUCCUCCUGUGUGCUUCAUGUAUUGCCAUUGUCUUGACAUCAUAUUCAUAACAUUAUUAGAUUUAGCCUCAUACCUUAAACACUGUAUGUUAUGUGCCAUGAAUGCUUUGAAUGAAUGCCGGAAAAUAUCUAUCUAUACAUCCCACGCAGUCGUAGAACAUAAUAUCAGACAACAGCAAUCUGUAGCUAAUCUCUCCACUCGUCCAAAACCUCGCAGGGCCAACAUGUGUCGGAGUAAACACCUCACAAAACUAUGCUCAGCUCUUGUUCAAACACUAUCUGACCUUCGAUUUAAUGCAGUGAGAAAAUCCCAGUUGUAUGUAAUUCAUAAACGCUACUGUAAAGUCUAUAGGUCUGGUGGCCGGUCUUCACCUCGUACCUCAGCUUUUGUAUUUAUCUACCAUGUUUGCUCAUCAUAAUCAUUGAUAUUAAUGAUAGUGGUAGUAUUGGUGGAAGUGAUAUGUUGAUUCUAAUGUUGCUUUGUGUCAUAUAUUCAUUAGUUAUUCUCUAGAUUCUGUAUUGAUGACUAUGCAUAUGGUUAAAUGUACAACUGAAAGCCUUUUUUUAGUUUGUUUUAAAGUCACAGUUUUGCUUUGAUGUUGACACCUGAAGCAUAAACUAAUUGCCUAACUGGUGAAUAUAAAAGUAGGGAUGGGAAUCGAGAACUGGUUUCAGAUUGGAAUCGUAUUCCUCCUAGCUCGUUGCUUUUAUUGAUACCGGCAUGUUUUUUUUGCACAUUGCAAAACAGUGAUGUCAAACUUGUGCAUCCACGCUGCUGGAAACUUGCAACAGCGAGGUCCAAAGUGUGGCUUCAUUUAAAAAAGAGAUGACAACAGUGCUGUUUGUAACGUCAGUAAAAUGAUCAUUUCAAGUUCUAGCGAUAUGCUGGAACAUCCUCGCACACAAGAUGGUCUUAGAUUUCAGGAAUGCCAUGCAUUUGAUGCUACAUGAGUGCCACUGCUUCCAAACCGAGCUGCAUGUCCAUUACAGAGGGUAAAUAUCCUCUGUUAUAAUAACAUUAGCGCCACGCAGGGAGGCUUGGCAAAUUUCCUCUUUGAAAAAGAAAGCACUUAAACAGCGGAGCGUUGUCCUUAAUAUUUUCCUGCCCAGGGUCUGCAGAUGAUAAUUAGCGAUGUGGCUAAUUCUGGCUCAAUAGUUGUGUUGCGCAUGGCCCCUGUUAAAUAAAAACUAAAAACUAAAACCAAGCAGCCACCCUAACUAUAAGAUAAAAUAAAAUAAAAAUCAUUUCCAUUUUAUAAAAAAGUAAAAUACAACACUUAUUACGCUACUGUCAUGUGUGAAGUCUGGACUGAUCACAAGAGGCCAUUUUGGUCUGCAAAGAUACAUGACAGAGCUCAUUGGCCUUCCAAAAUUUGGAUUGAUGUUUUACUUCAUGGACUGUCCUCGGUGAAAACUAAACAUAGAAAGCUGGGGACACUUUCUUUCUGUUAGCAGCAGGCAGCAUCCUCCAGGGCUGAAAUACGAAGCGAAAACAGAAGUGCCAAAAAACUGCAGUUCCUCAAAUGGCCACUUGAGGCUGGCUCUAAACUAAGUCAAUCCCCAUAGACCCCCGUGUUAAAACACCCAACUUUACAGCAGAAAUAAACAUGUUUGCAGCCUGGUAUUAAAAACAGUUUUGGUCUCUAAAGAUAAUUUCAACAUUCAUGACAAUUGUAAAUUUUUCUUUAGCUCAACUGUUUAUACUUUAUCAAGGCUUAAAGUUACGCAUGAUCAAGGGCGUGGCUGCUUUGAGUGACAGGCUGUCUGCUGAUAGUGUCCUUGGCUUCUCAGUCUGAUCCACCCCUCGUUCCUCCACAGCUCCACCCUCUGGCUUCACAAAAACAAGAUGGCGACGGCCAAACUGCCAGACUUAAGGCAGUCCACACACCAAUGAGUGAUGUCACCACAUUUACCUCCAUUAUUUUAAACAGUCCUUGACUAAAACUAGCUUGAGUCAAGUGCAUGCCUUUAUUUCUACUCUGUUUCGACACCUUGUUCAGACUCAGAUAAUAUAACACUUGCGUUGAUGCUAAAAACCUGUGAAGGCCUCCUUUUUUCACACAGAAAUCAAUAAGGGAAUCGAUAAAGAAUUGCACUGAUAAGCAGAAUUAUUGAUGGCAUUGCUAUCAGUAGAAUCUUACCAGUUCCCAUCCCUAUACAAAAGAGCCGGAUGUUAACUAGUCCUGAAAGGCUGACACCGAAGGACCUCUGUUUAAUUCAGCAGGAACGUCUUGUUGCUUUUGAUCUAUCAGGGAAAGCUCUUCAAAGUUUCCUCGUAUUAUUGUGUCAAUGCCAUGUAGCAUGACAUUACCGUCACUAUGGCAACAGUCCAGUAGCAUUAAGUCAAACCAGUGCUCAUAACUUGUAACUUAUGAUCACGAUAAAACGCCAUCAAACGGAUGAAACCAAUGUGCUUACAGGAAGUGAUGAAGAUAAAAUAUCAGUUGACACAUUUUGUUUUUGUUUAUUUGUGAGGUUAUCGUAUAAAUGCAUUUGUUUUCAAGCUGUUAAUUUAUUGGAUGUACUAUUUAUUGAUCUUGAGGUUUCUGAAAGGAAUAGCUCUAUCUGACCCAUCUAGUGUCUCUCUAUCUAUCUGGGUUCUUUAUGUGUGUGUGCGUGCGUGUGUGCGUGUGUGUGUUUGUGAGAGAGACUGUGCACAUGGCAGCGUAUGUGGCAGUGAAAGCAGAGAUGAGUGUGAGCACAUCAGCGUGUCUGCACAUCCUGCACUUUCACUUAUGUGUGUGUGUGUGUAAGUGUAACAAUGAGAUCUGUUCCUCCUCCUCCUCUUCCUCCUCCUCCUCCUCUUUCUCUCUCUGGUGUCAUGUAGCCUGUAGACAUCCCUAUGUCCUACUAUUGCAUAUAGUUCAGUGCCCCUCUAGUGUCAGUCACUGUCCACCUCCUGCAUGUGCUUGUUUGUAAAUACACCAAAUAAAAUGAUCAGUAUAA